CAACACUGACUUGUUUACAGAGACCACUGAGGAAGUAUGGCGGCGGCGGGCUGAGACUGAGUAACUUUGGCUAUUACGCGGCUUUCCAACCACCCAGAGGAGCUUGCCUGUACACCUGAUGAGGGAAUUAACACCCGGAUCUUUCUCUACCAAUAGCUCGUGUGUGGAAGCUGUUCCUCACAGCCUCACAACCUUGGUCAAGACUUGAGCCAUGUUGUACACAAAUAUGGAAGGUAUGACAGAAAACAUGAUAAACCUUCGAGUAGGACAGACGGGCGUCGGCCGCGUGACCGCCAGCGACGAUGGUGUGGUGGUGGCCGGGGAGACCUCCAUCGGGGGGCCACCUUCCCCCACGGGCCUGCGCUACACCUCCGACAAGCACCCCAAGCUGGCCCUGGCAAACAUCAACAUGCUGCAGAAGCGCCGGGAGCUGUGUGACGUGGUGCUCAUUGUGGGGGGCAGAAAAAUAUUUGCACACAGAGUGAUCCUGUCAGCAUGCAGCCCAUAUUUCCAUGCCAUGUUCACCUCGGAGCUGUUGGAAGCCCGGCAGACAGAGGUGCCCAUACGGGACAUUGAUGAGCAUGCUGUGGAUCUCCUUGUAAACUUCUGCUACACCUCGGAGAUCACCAUCGAGGAGUCCAAUGUGCAGACUCUCCUUCCUGCCGCUUGCUUGCUUCAGAUGUUGGAGAUCCAAGAAGUGUGUUGUGAGUUUCUGAAGCAGCAGCUGCACCCAUCCAACUGUUUGGGAAUCCGGGCUUUUGCAGACACCCACUCCUGCAGGGACCUUCUUCGCAUUGCUGACAAGUUCACGCAACACAACUUCCAGGAGGUGAUGGAGAGUGAGGAAUUCAUGGAGUUGCCAGUGAACCAGCUAAUGGACAUCAUCUCCAGCGACGAGCUCAACGUGAGGUCAGAGGAGCAGGUGUUCAGCGCUGUGAUGGCUUGGGUCAAGUACAACGUCACUGAGCGCCGCCCUUAUCUGGCCCAGGUUCUGGAGCAUGUGCGGCUGCCACUGCUGAGUCCCAAGUUUCUGGUGGGCACUGUGGGCUCUGACCUACUAAUAAAGAGCGAUGAGGCAUGCCGAGACCUUGUGGACGAGGCCAAGAACUACCUGCUGCUGCCCCAGGAGCGGCCACUCAUGCAGGGGCCUCGCACGCGCCCACGCAAGCCUAUCAAGACUGGGGAAGUCCUCUUUGCAGUGGGCGGGUGGUGCAGUGGGGAUGCCAUUGCCUCUGUGGAAAGGUUUGAUCCCACCACGUGUGAGUGGCGGAUGGUGGCGCCCAUGAGCAAGCGCAGGUGUGGGGUCGGCGUGGCAGUGCUGUCUGACCUCCUCUAUGCAGUGGGUGGCCAUGAUGGACAGUCCUACCUCAACAGUGUGGAGAGGUAUGACCCUCAGACGAAUCAGUGGCUGUGUGAGGUGGCGCCGACCAGCACUUGUCGCACCAGCGUGGGCGUGGCGGUACUGGAUGGCUACCUCUAUGCGGUGGGCGGCCAGGAUGGCGUCUCCUGCCUCAAUGUCGUUGAAAGGUAUGACCCCCAGAGCAACAGGUGGACUAAGGUGGCCUCCAUGAACACACGAAGGCUGGGUGUGGCGGUGGCGGUGCUGGGUGGCUUCCUGUAUGCUGUGGGUGGCUCAGAUGGCCAGAGCCCCCUCAACACAGUGGAGCGCUAUGACCCCAAGAUGAACAAGUGGGUCAUGAUGCCGGCCAUGAGCACUCGCCGCAAACACCUAGGCUGUGCGGUCUACAACAACAUGAUCUACGCUGUUGGGGGCCGCGAUGACUGCACUGAGCUGUCCAGUGCCGAACGUUAUAACCCACACACCAACCAGUGGAGCCCCAUUGUCGCCAUGACUUCACGGAGGAGUGGGGUGGGUCUGGCCGUGGUGAAUGGGAUGCUGUAUGCUGUGGGCGGCUUUGAUGGAACCACUUACUUAAAGACCAUUGAGGUGUACGACCCUGACCAGAACCAUUGGCGGUUGUGUGGCUCCAUGAACUACAGGAGGCUGGGCGGAGGGGUCGGAGUGGUUAAGCUGCCCCACAAUGAGGCACAUCUUUGGUGAUUAAACGAAGGGCUAGAAUUCUGGCUUGGGGUUACUGUCAGUGGGAAACUUGGAGUUGGUAACAGUGGACUCAUUUAAAUAUGUGCAAACAGAGAGAGAGAGAGAGAUAGAUGGAGAGGGAGUAGGCCAUGAUGGCUCAGGUAGCAGUACUUGGUGUGUGUGUGUGUGUGUGUGUGUGUGUGUGUGUUUGUGCAUGCGAGCCAAGUAGGAAAUGCUGAGCAACCAGUAAAUUACCUGACAUUAUGGACUUAAGUACAGUAAAAUUUCUACUAUCCGGCAACAGUAGGGGAUUCAGAGGUGCUGGAAAAGCAGAAAUAAUGGAUUAAACUGGCCAGAUUCUUGUUGAUUACCAAUUUUCUUGGAUCUUUUUAUUUUAUUUCUGAGUGGCCACAUUUUUGCCGGAUACUUUGGGUUUCCAGAUGCCUGGGGGCCGGAUAGUCAGGGUUUUAUUGUAUGACGACUUGUGUUGGUUUGUCUGUCUCUGCAGUCACACACUUCUUCGUCUUUCAGCAUGCAUGCCAGACACCAUUGUCUUGCUAAUGACUUUGUGUUGCUCAGAAGGUAGAUGAAGCUUUGACUUUGAGUGAAUUGAAGAGACAUGAUCAGUAAGUAUCCAAAAAAGUUAUGAAAUUCGAAAAGAAAUGACAGACUCCUAUUCUUACGCUAGAAUUCUGCCUAUUUGAAUAAUGUGAAAAAUAAUGAUUGAACUUCUGCAUUAUAAUCAGUAAUCAUUUGGCUAGACCAAAUGUUUAGUUGCGGUGAUGUGGUGGUGGUGGUGGUAGUUGAUGGGUGACAACAAAGAUCACAGGUGUCCCUCAUAUAUCGCAGGGUUGGGUAUCAUGAAUCUCCUAUAUAGUGGUUAUAUAAAAAAUUACACUUUUUGGGCAUCGUGGGAAAUUUCCGUGUAUCGCAGAAGUAGAAUGUGAAGGGUAGCUGCCUGGAGGCUUACCCAGGUUGUCCGUUGCGGGUGGAGUUGGUGGGUGAGCAAAGCGAUGGGUGUAUGCUCCCUGUUAAUUAGUGGUGGACAUGUGUUUUGAUUGGUGGUGACCUGUAGUCAUCUUCUGUUCUGAUUGGGUUGAUUUUAGCACCUCCCUGUGCUUUUGAUUGAUUGACUGACUAAGAAACAGACUCCUAAGCAUAAAGUUAGUAUGAAGGAAACCUGAGUGGGGAUCAGCAGAAACCAAUGCAAGACUCAAUGGGUCAACUGUACAUCAAGACUCAGGCAGGCUCAGGCUGUGCGCAGUUACAGGCACAUUAGAUUAAGAACUCAGUGUCAGGGACCCUGGCAACAUUCCUGACAUUCUUGAUACUUCAUAACCUUCCAAAAGGCUGACUUUAAAUGGCUGGUUCAGCAGUGAAGAAGCCGAUAACCACCUUGCCAAGUUCCUGACUCACCGGGGUGGACAGGAAUAACAUUCUUUCAAGCCUUGGAGCCCCAAUCCCCCUACCAGAGCAUGCAGUAUGGCAUGGUACGAUUCCUUUAUUGUAAUUUCUACCAGAGAAAAAAAAAGGUACUGUAACUGUACCAUACCUAUGAAUUGCCUUUGUACCAUAUUAGUAUGAUAAAAUAUUGUACUGUAAUUUCGUACUUGAUAUCACACCUCAGACUGAUGUCAGGGAGUCCCUUGGGAGGGCUGAGCUGAGGCCACACCAUCCUAACCACAAUGCCCAGUAACCAGGCACCUGAAGUCAGAGUUGAGGUCAGGACAGGGUGGAUUAAUUAAUUACUGUUGCUACCCUGCUGGGCUCCCCUCAGGUCUGGUUAGGGAGCCAAGACAGGUUCACACCCAGAGUCAAGCACCUGUGGCUUGGUACGAAAAGGUAUGAAAAAGAUAUAGAAAAAUCAUUUUACCUUUAAUUGUACUGUACUAUGAAAAAACUUUCAUACCAAAAUAUCCUAUCAUACUUUUACUGUCCAGACCAUAACACACUGUAAUUUUGUGCUGUAGUGUACUACUGUGCCCCCUACACAUCUCAAGGUCACAAAUACUCUGAUUUUAUAUGAUGCAAAUGUUCAUCUGUUCGUAUGUCACUACUGCCUCUAGAAGUGAGAAAAAAGGGGGAGGAAUGGGGAAGACACAAUAAGUUGGGGAGGUCUUUGAACCAAUUAGAAUAAAUCCCAUAAAGUCUUUUGUUUGGCUAUUGCAAUUUUUUAUAUGCUGGGAGUUUCAUGGUCCCAAUCAGGUGCAAUAUAUGAGGGAUAGGUGUAUAUUAAUAUUAGAUGUUAUGUUUAAGUUGCUGCACAUGGCCAUCCUGUUGGCUGCAUGUGCAAACCCUCUGUGAUUAUUUAUUUAGUUAAGCUAUGUUUAGAGGGACAUCACUCUUGAUGCCAUAAGAUGCCCCAUGUAUCAUAAGUGGCAUUUCCUCACACAGUUCAUUAGUAGGUAGAUCAAAAAUUGCUGAUUAGGAUUUUUCUUCUUUUGAAAGUUGUGUAUUUUUGUAAAAGUUUUCACUGUGCCUCCUUGCACCUGGAAGGCAUGUGUUAUUAUAGAGAGUACUUGGGAUAUUAUAUUUAUGGAUAAUUCAUUUAUGCCAUGACAAAGAAUUUGCAGUGUCAGAUGACUGAGAGUUAACUUAGGGGAUUUGACAAUACUGGUUUUACAGCAAAAGUCCUUUAAUCCAGUAUUCUGGGGGUCUAGGUUUCGGUAUGUUCAAUUUUUUCCUCAAUUUUUCUCCCUCACCCCAAAAAACUAAUAUUAAUCCUUGGGUAAAAAUUCCAAACCAUUGAGAUUUUUGAAGUAUUUGACGGCGGAUUUUCGGACUUUUACUGUUUAAGGUCUGUUGUAUUGUCUGUUCCUUGAUUCCAAAAAGUUCCAUGUUUGGGAUUGCUAUUGACUGCAGGUAAUUGUUCUUAAGCUGCAGCACGUGGCUCGGCCUUUCUAGUGUUGGGGUGAUGUGGCCUGAGUUGGUGCAGGGUAUGGUUGCCAAUUCCAACACACCAUUCCAAUCUGUACUAAUCUCAGGAAAGUAAAAGAAAAAAAAAAAAAAUGUAAAUUUGAUUGAGGCAUAAAAAUCAGGCAAACAGAUGUCUCCUGCCUCACUUGGAAAAGUAAUCGUGAAGUGAAAUGAUCCUAAUAAUGAACUUAGGGUUUAAUUAAGAAGGAAGUGUUCUUGGACAAGUAUGUUAAUCAUCAUCUUGUGUUUAACAUCAGAUUUUCCCAUAAUCUCUUAUGAGGUUGACAGUUGAUGAUCGUUGGUGUUCAUCUUUUGUUGGAGCUGUUCGAUUUCUGCACCUGAAGCCUCAUUUAUAAAAUUUGUUAACAAAGCUAUUGAGUUCAGGAAUCCCUCUGAUCAUGUGAUCCUUUAAAGAAAUUGUAUUUUCUUUUGAUCUAGAUAUGUAAAGAAAGUCAUCCACAGUUCUCAGGAGUACUCCAUUACCUUCUGUGAUCCAUUCUUGUUGAAACCUUGACAUCAUCUUGGAGUCAUAAAAAUGACACAGUUCUGAUGAGAGAGAACAACCUUGUGGCAGCCCGUUACCUUUUGUUUUCCCAAACCAGCCAGCCGGGCGUAGUGCUGUCUUGGUAGUAGACACAGGUUCAUACACUUGUAACUUGAAUAUGCCUUCAUGUAAGGUUUUAUUUUCUCAAACAUCCGCUGAUAGAAGUUGCUCUUGUAUUUGGGAAUCUUCAUUUCUUUCCUUUGCAAAUAGGAUUUCUGUAAUUCCUAGACAAAGUUUUGAUCACUCACAGAAGAGUGCAGGAACUUUUUAACCUAGAAGUUGCUCUCGUAUUUGGUAAUGUUAAUUUCUUUCCUCUGCAAAUAGGAUUUAAAAGAAUUUUUGAUAUCCUGAGGUUGCCAAUUCCUACAGUCUUUGUUUAUCUUUGUAUGUAGUGUGUUUUGCUUCCUUCCUCGGAUGCCUUUCCUGACAGGUAACCCCAGUUUUUUGAGGGCCUAGGUGGAUUGCCUACCAUGGCUACUGAAACCCACUUGCCUGGGUUUGUAGUUGACUUAUUACCAGCUUAGUCCAUGAAUGCUAACUCCGUCUAUAUGCACAUGUGGCACGCUUCCUGGAUGUCGAUCCUUGUCAUAGGGUCGUUUUUGUGUGAGACAACCCUGAGUGGAGGACACCAAGGGGAUGCCCACGUAACUCAUGAGUGGGGCAAGUUGAUCAAUCCAGCUGGGAGGGGCUUAGAAUGGAUUAGAUUGCUGCAUUUGGGCUUACUCAGGAGGACUGUCAGGGAUGGAGGUGGUGAGUGAGUGAAGUGAUGUGCCCCCGGGCGUAUGCUCCACGUUAGUAGUUAGUAUUUUUUUCAUGAAAUGAGUAUGGAUGGGAAUGAUGCAUAUGAACUGGCAAGCAUAUCCUAAGCUUUGUCUGUCUGUCGUCUUUGCAUUACCCUGAUAUUGUGUUUCGUAAAAUUGCAAUGUUAUCAACAAGUGUGUGUGUUCAUGAAGCUGUUGUGUUGCACUUGCCAGACUUCAUGAUGAGAGAAGCUUUUGGUCUCCAGCUGGAGUUUUAAGCCACAUGUAGCACUUGGGAUGGGACUGGUGGUGUCAACCAGUAAUGCAGGGAUGGGUGUUACCUUGCACUGGGUUAGGGCUGCUUUGCUAAUUCAUAUCCACCACUCCAAUUAGUAUUUGAUGAAGGAUAACUACUAAAGGAAAUUGAGUUUAUUUACAAAAUUGUUCUUACAUAUGAUUCAGCCACUUCACAUCUCCCUCCUGAAAAAAAAAGAAAGCUGAGAUGCACAAAAGAAUGGAAGUAUAUUCUAAUGAUCUAAAAUAAGAAAUGGACUUUGGCAGAUUACAUUAAGUAUAGAGCUGGUAAAAAUGGACAGCCAAGUAAGAAUGGCUACCUAGGAGUUGUAGAAGACUGGGUAGAUGGAGGAUAGGGUAGAGAGGUGGAAUUAAAACCUGUACUAAAGUCCAAUGAGUACAUUAACCCUUUCCAUCCGUGACGCAGACGUCGGCGUCACAGUAUGGAAAGGGUCAAGAGGAAGUGGAAGAGGAUUAAUCCUCUUCUAAACCUCUCAAUCCUCUUCUAAAUUUCUCUUAAUCCUCUUCCAUUUCCUUGUAAGAGGUUUAGAAGAGGAUUAAGAGGAAAUGGAAGAGGAUUAAGAGGUUUAGAAGAGGACUAACCCUUUCCAUACGGUGAGGCCGUCGGACGCCCGUUGGCAUCGCCGGAGUGAAGGGGUUAAAAUCAGACAGAUGGAGGACAUUGGGAAAGGCUGGUGGUCUGCAGUGGUCCAGUAGUGACUGAUACUGCUAAUGAUGAUAGAAAUGAACUUUACAAAUAUAAAGACUGCUUGCCAAUAUUUGAUUUGAGAAUAGUUCAUUUUUAUGCCUCGGCAGCUCAAUAUUUUCUGAGUAGUUUUUUUUCCCUGAUGUAAGUUUUAAUUGGAGUAGGGAGUACAAAUUAGGAAGCAAGCCCUACAUCCAUGAUGGCUGGAAGGCAGGCAACUUUGCAUUUUUGCCAAUCCUGAUUUCCCUUUUAACAGAAUUCAUGACUUGAGCACUUGUAAUCAUGAGCAUUCUUAUCUAAUGUUUUGUGAUACAGAAAUAUUUGUACGUGUAAGGUUUUCAAGCAGAAACAUUGGGCUUAAGAUUAUUCAAGAAUAAGAAAUGUUCCUGUUAUAUUCAGUUGUGUGUGUGCGUGUGUGUGUGUGUGUGUGUGUGUGUGUGUGUGUGUGUGUGGUUUUUGGGACUUUCUGGGCAUGCCAACAUGUCUCGGAGGACCUUUGCUAUGGUGCCACACCCUUAUACGCCUGUCUCAUGUCACUUCAAGUUUUGUAGUAUAUAUUCAUUAGUGUUAUUGUUCAGUCACCACUUGAUGUAAUAUAAUUCAUAAGAUGGCUAGUUUCAUAUCACCAAUCAUCAUUGUCAUCAUCAUCCCAUGUUUCCUACUGCCUCCUUUCCUUGAGAGAUGAGAUUAGGAGGCAUAGUUUGUGCAGUACAACGUCAGGAAGACGAGUUGGGGUAUAGCCAACUCCACCAUUGCCGUGGUUGAUGGUAACAGGCUUUCUGUGCAGAUGCCUUGCUAGAGAACAGUUUCAAAGAUUUCACCCUGAAUGUUGUUAACUUGCUGUCCUGCUCAAUAUAAGGAUUUAAGUCUGUAGGUCUAAACUAGAAUGUCUUCUAUAAGAUUGUAUAGUUUGCCCACGGAAGGAAAGGGUCUCAAAGAUAUGAUAACUGUCAUGCAUUUAUAUCACUGUUUCCUUCAUUGCUUCACGUAUUCUGUUAGAUUUCUUUUUUUUACUCUUUCCUGACUAAUAUCUGAGGCAGUUAGAUUAACAAUGGUGACAGAAACAACAUUGUAUUAGCCUUGGCGCUCUGCCUGGCCUGGGUUGGAUGCCGGCUGCCCCUUGCUGGCAUGACCCUCCCUCCACUCCAUGGGGUUUACAGAUCUGCACAACGUUGACACACCAUUUGCUUUAAGAAUCUCAUGCCAUGGUAUAUGGCCUGUACAUAGUACCUAAUUUUACCUCCUGUGAAUAAUUUCACCUGUAUGUGUUAGACGCCAGUAUGGGUAGCUGCUAGACCUCUGCUCUGGUGUGCUGUGCCAUCAGCCGCAUGGUGUACUGAACAUGUGAGUGGUGUGCAUUGUUCAUGUGUAUGAAUGUGUAGCGUCUCAAAUUACCAAAUACAAAAUACUGAACAUGACCAUAAUAUGUAGCUGUGUAUCCAUGACCUUGGUAAUGUAUGAAGUUGCACAAACUCCACAUGUCUCAUUCUGUGCAUGGCACCAUUCCUAAUUGUUGAGAAUGAAAAUGAUAGAAUACGAAGUUAAAAACAACAAAUUGUUGUACUAAUUAUACUCAGUGUCUGAAUGUUAAAUUUGGAAACUGCUUCACUAUCUUAUAGUCAACAAGGUGUGUUAUAUUCCUAUGUUGAGAGAGAAUAAAUCAUGACAAUUUUAUUCUAAGAGCAACUUUGUACCCGUCUCAAUUACAGUGAAACAGUAU